AUGCCGUCUAAUAUCAUUAGAUAUUAUUAUAGGAAACUUCGAUUUCUAUCGUGUAAUAAUAUUCAAUUCUCAUCACGAACAGUCUAUAAUCAUAAACCUGUUAUUAAUAGAUUGUCAUUGGUAAUAGCGAAAUCAUACUAUUCUAAGGAUUUGCUUAAAAGCACAAACACAGGUUCAUUAAGUGAUAUCUCUACAAACAAAUCAACUACAUCUAAAUCACCUCAAUCUAAAAAUAAUGAGAAAUGCAUUGAAAAUUUAAUAAACACUAUUACAACUAAUUUUUCAAAUUCAAGUUCAUGUUCAAAUUCAAAUUCUACAAAACAAAAAUUAUCAAAAUUGGAAAAAUUCCAAUUUAGAGAUUAUUGGAAUAAUUUCGAUAAAUCUCGAUCUUCUCCAAAUAUAUCAAAUUCUUCUACAACUAAUAAUAAAUCAUUAUUAGAAAUUGUCCCGUUGGAUAAAUUCACUCAUUUUACAGAAAAUAACUACAAGCAUUCAAGGACGAUUAGAGCUACUUAUAGACGUGAACUUAUUAUAAAUUCUAAAAAUUUGACACUUGUAAAUAAUUUUAUUUCAAAUUUUAAGCAAUUAAAUGGAGUUCAAUUGCCUCAAACACAAUUGGAUGUAUUGCAUUUAUGUAUCAACGAUGCAAUUAAAACAUUGGAUACGUUCAUGACGGUUGAUCUUUAUAUUCUUUAUUAUACCUUGUAUCCUAAUCAACAAUUAGAUACAGAAUAUUCUUCCAAAAUUCUAACCUGUUUAUCAGUUCUUAAUCCCGACUCUGAUUUCCAUGAAUUAAUCAAAUUUAGAGCUUUGAAAAAAUUCUUUGAAACAUAUUAUGACAAUAACCCUAAAGAUGAACAAAAUAAUCCAAUUGAAAAAUUACCCUUAUAUCUCUCAAACAAACAGGUUUCUCAAUUGUGUACAAAGGCAUUAUCAUUAGAUAAUAUGACAAUUAGACAAUAUACUCAACUUCACAAAAAUAAUCAUUUACCUUCAAAGCCACUGAUGAAAGCUGUGCUAAAUGAUUUAAUGGACACUUUUACUUAUAAACAAACCUCAGUUAAUUCAUUAAUUAGAUCUAAGGAAAUUGUACUUGCAUAUAAUGCAAUUCAAAAGGAUUAUACUACUGGUAAUGUUGCAGGUGUGUUUUAUAAUUGGACAAGAUGUAAAGAGUAUUAUAAUUAUUUGUCUAACCAUGACCCAAGAAUAUUAUAUAAAGUAAUACGAAUUUUCACUCAUUAUAGACAUUACCAUGAUUUUGUGACUGAAAUAAUAAAAGAAUUAUCACCAAAAAUGUAUUGUAAUAAUGCACUAUUAUUGCCAGCAAUUAUAAAUUUUUAUACACAGAAAAAUAAUAUUAAAGAAGUAGAAAUCUUAAUGCAUGAUGUGAAUCAUUAUAUUUUACCAGAAAAUAUUAAUCAUGUUGUCUAUUCAAAAACUGGGUUAGAUGCAAUGUUGAAGAUGAGAUUACAUUUUAAGGAUUCAAGUGGUGUGGAUUCUAUAUUACGGAAAACUAAGGAACUAUAUGGUGGAUAUACUAAAGAGUCUUAUCGUGCAAUUAUUCAAUAUAUGAUGAAAUCAAACUCGGAAGUAGAAUUUAAAAAGGCAAUAGAUUUAUCCCUCUCCAUACCCGUAGAUUUUGCCAUUAAUUCCUUCCCAAUCAUAAUAUCUCAAUUAUUAGAUUAUAACUUUAAGAUGAAAAAAGUAGAAUAUCUACAUGAUGAUGUACUUGAAAUUAUCGAUAAUAUGUUACACAAGGCACAUUCUUAUGAUCCAAAAUAUUUUUCUUCCAUUUGGAAUAUAAUAGCAGCUUUAUACAUUAAGAAAUUGGUUGUUUUCGAUAAGCCUAUCUAUAUGUCACGUUCAGGUUCGCGUAAUUCAGUGAAUCUAGAAUUAGCUAAAACGAUUUAUAUAAACUCGGUUAAUAAUAAGAUACCUUGGUCAUCAAUUAAUUCUCUCGAGCGGAAUCCAUUUUUAGCUCCAGAACCACAAAAUAUAAGGCUUAAAAUAUCAAAAAGUAAUUCAGUGGUAAUACUACGAACAAUUGCUGGAGGUGCUCUAAAGUAUUACAAUAAUGAUAUAUUUCAGUGGUGUUGCGCAGAAUUAUAUAGGCUAGGGUUCAGUGUCAAAGAUUUACAGCUCACUUGGUCAAUGCAUUUAAAACAUCAAUUAAGAAGAUCAACAUAUCAAGAUAAGAAUAGCGUAGAUUCCGCAUUAACUUCUCAUUCUGUUAAGCAUAUAAACAAGAAGCUUAAAUGA